AUGCCGAACGGACCAGGUCCAGUCAACACGAAUCCUUUUGAGGAACCGGAACGUCGAAUGAGCGAGUACACCGCGAUGCAGAUAGCGACUUUGCAGGCUCGCCUGGACCGGAAGCUAGGCCCCGAAUACAUUUCAUCGCGACCCGGUGCUGCGGGGCAAAAGGUGCACUACCUCUCGGCAGACAAAUGUAUCAAUCUCGCGAAUGAAGUGUUCGGGUUCAAUGGCUGGUCCAGCUCGAUUCAGAGAGUGGAUAUUGAUUAUGUUGACGAGAAUGAGAAUACGGGCAAGGUCAGCCUUGGAUUAUCAGUAAUUGUGCGGGUCACCUUGAAGGAUGGGUCAUUUCACGAGGAUAUUGGUUACGGACACAUCGAGAACUGCAAAGGCAAGGCGGCUGCCUUCGAAAAAUCAAAGAAGGAGGGAACCACAGAUGCUUUGAAACGUGCGCUGCGAAACUUCGGAAAUGUACUGGGCAACUGUGUCUAUGACAAGGACUACCUGUCGAAAGUGACGAAGAUCAAGACCGCUCCUGCUCGAUGGGACGUCAACGAGCUUCAUCGUCAUCCAGACUUUGCGCCUUUAAAGAAAGAAAUCGUGCCAAAGAGCAGGCUAUCAGAAGAUGAUGAUUUACCUUUGCCACGUCCGAGCGAACCAGCACGAAGUGCCAUUCCAAGUCAUACUGCUUUUGAUGGCGACGGCGAGUUUGGCAGCGAUGUUUUUGAUGAAGCCGAUUUCGUUGUGACUCACACUGGGAAUCCCGAUGAAAUUGUGAUCGAGCCAGAACAACCGCAACAACCCCCCACGCCUUUAAAUCGUUCAUACCCUCAGGCCGUGCCCGCGCGAGGCCGAUUCGAUUUGAAUGCCGUGACUCCGUCUAAGCCCGAGAGAUGGAGCGGGGCGAACAAUUCUGGUACAAGACAGAUUUUACCUCCUCAUCCACGACAGCAACCACACCCGCCUCCAGAUCAGCAACGUGGGGUCCAAGCACAAGGUGCCCCUCGCAUUGCUGCAAACGCCAACCCCAACGCCAUUCCGCCGUCGAUCAACAAUCCAAAUCCACCCCCUCCGAUCAAACGAGAACCCAUGUCUAUACCAAACCAGGACUCUUCGAAUCAACCACCACCAACAGUUGGGUUCUUCUCAGCAAGGGCUGCGGACCAGCUGCGGGACAAUCCCAAUGCUGCCGCCAUACCCGGAUCUCAAUUUGACCCGCAUGCUGAAAGCCCAUCAAUUCGAAAGACCGCUGGAAUAGACCAUACCAAGACUGUGGCGCUAGUGAGAAGUGGGAAUGGUGUCUCUCCGGCGCCUGAUAAGGGACGUUCUCGCGACGCCAUCAAUCCGGUAAUCAAUCUCAAAUCCCGUGUCGACGGGGCCGCUGUGGCUCCUGCGGGAGGCUUCGGCAGUCCAUUAUCAAGAGGGCAAUCAGUUUCGUCCUUUCGACCAUUGACUCGUCCAAAUAUUGAUUCUCGGAACGCGGCAAGUACAGCGCACGGCAAUCGCGCGGGGAGCGUUCCUCCGCAAAAUGUGAACGGAAAACGACCCCCGUUGAGCGACGUGACCAAUGCCGAUAGUGCCACGGGUCCAGGUUUCAACAAUGCGCAACCUCUUCCUAGCUCGAACGAGACUAAACGGCCCCGAAUGGCCGAUGGUGUGCCUGAUCAGCCACAGCAGAGAGCUCCUCACGCUCCAGAGUAA